GAGAGAUCAGUCUCGCAACAGCACCCAGUCACCGCCUGCUUUGCUUUGCUGUGCUCGGUCUGACGCCCGAAGCUCUGACCCGCCUGCUUGGGCGUCCCUCCCACCCUGAUGUCCUCCGAAACCAAAUCACGAUGGAGUGGCUCCCCUUCCCAGGCGAGCGGAGCGGUCUGCAGACCGACCAUGUUGGAGAUGUCCGAGAACACGAACAUACAGAGGAGCAGCAACCCCGAAUGCACGGCAGACAAGUUUCCAGAGAGCCCAGGAGCCGAUGAGGUGAUCAUUGACCCCCCUAUUCCCCCUAAAGCUAUCACCCUACCGAACCAGAUGUCGUUGUACAGCACUCAGAAGCCCUUCUUCUCUAAGGUCAACAUCCAAGGCAGAACAUACAACUUCUUAGAACGGCCCACCGGCUGGAAAUGUUUCAUCUACCACUUCACAGUAUUUCUUAUUGUUUUGGUUUGCCUCAUCUUCAGUGUCAUGUCAACAAUCGAACAAUACCAUUACUUUGCCAACAGAGCUCUCGUGUGGAUGGAGAUUGUAUUAGUGGUGUUCUUUGGAACUGAGUACAUCGUCCGACUAUGGUCAGCAGGCUGCCGCAGUAAAUACGUUGGAUUCUGGGGAAGGCUACGCUUUGCAAGGAAGCCCAUCUCAAUUAUUGAUCUCAUAGUGGUGGUGGCUUCGGUGAUAGUCCUCUGUGUGGGUUCGAAUGGGCAAGUCUUUGCAACGUCAGCCAUCAGGGGCAUUCGUUUUCUGCAGAUUCUUCGAAUGCUGCAUGUCGAUCGGCAGGGUGGCACCUGGAGACUUCUGGGAUCGGUUGUCUUUAUUCAUCGGCAGGAGCUGAUCACCACGCUGUACAUUGGCUUCCUGGGCCUCAUCUUUUCUUCCUACUUUGUAUAUCUGGCUGAAAAAGAUGCAGUGGAUGACAGUGGCUCCCAGCAGUUUGGCAGCUAUGCAGAUGCACUGUGGUGGGGUGUGGUAACUGUUACAACAAUUGGAUAUGGAGAUAAGGUCCCUCAGACCUGGAUUGGUAGAACCAUUGCUUCAUGCUUCUCUGUAUUUGCAAUUUCCUUCUUCGCUCUUCCUGCGGGGAUUCUUGGUUCGGGUUUUGCUCUCAAAGUUCAACAAAAGCAGCGACAGAAGCAUUUUAACCGUCAGAUUCCAGCAGCCGCUUCACUUAUUCAGACAUCAUGGAGGUGCUAUGCAGCAGAAAACCAUGAAUCUGCAACAUGGAAAAUGUAUGUUCGGCAACCUAGCAAAUCCUAUGUUCCAUCUCCAAGUCCAAAGACAAAGAAACCAGUGGUGAAAAGAAAGAGAAUGAAGUCUGAUAAAGACAACGGAUUGAAUUCUGAGAAAUCACUGAAUGUGCCCAAUAUCACGUAUGACUAUGUUUUCGAUAAGGAUGACAAGAAAUAUGAAAAUUCAAAUAUCGAUGGAUAUGAUUCAUCAGUGAAGAAAUCGCUGGGGAUGCUUGAUGUGAACAGUGGAACAUUGUCGAGGACAAACAGCUACGGAGAUGACCUUGACCUCAUCGAGGGAGAGCCAGCACUGGCCCCCAUCACACAUGUUUCGCAGCUGAGGGAUUCCCACAGGAUCACCAUCAAGGUGAUUCGCAGGAUGCAGUAUUUUGUAGCAAAGAAGAAAUUUCAGCAAGCCAGAAAGCCUUAUGAUGUCAGAGAUGUAAUCGAGCAGUAUUCUCAGGGUCAUCUCAACCUGAUGGUGCGAAUCAAGGAACUGCAGAGAAGGCUAGACCAGUCCUUGGGAAAACCAACAAUGUUCCUAUCUGUGUCAGAAAAGAGCCAGGACAGGGGAAAGAACACAAUUGGAGCUAGACUUAACAGAGUGGAAGAGAAGGUUGUGGACAUGGAUCAGAAACUAAACGCCAUCACAGACAUGCUGCACCGAUUGGUUGCCAACCAGGAGGGACAUUCACACUUGCAGGCUCAGCAAAUGCCGCAGGGAACUGUUUCACAACGUGUUUCCUCGAGACACAGCUCUCUACCCAGCUAUGAGCAGCUGACAGUGCACAGGAACGACCAAGACAACAUGGCCUAAUCCUCGACCCUCUGGUGUUUCAAGUUCAACCACAUUCAUGAGAUUGCAAGAGAGACCAUUUGGAUGCUGUGUAGUAAGCCUCAAGGUUAUACACAUAACCGACAUGAACCUUCAGGAGCUGACAAUGCACUGAACAAGUGUGUGAAACUUGAAACCAGCCAUGAUUGGACUCUAUCUGCCUUCUUGACAUAAAUGUCCCUUCUGAUUCUGGUUUAUGGAUUCCAUUGGUUUUACAGAGAGUUCUUCGUAGCAUUCUGUUGGACAUCUCCCAAGCACAUUUCAACGCCCCUCUGGUUACUUGUUUAGGAAAAGGUGAAGGCAAUGCUUGGACUGUCUGUAAGGCUGGAGGAAAAGACUGAUAGCACCCAAUGUUAAGAAAAAUUGUAAUCCUUUUUAGAAUAGAUUUGUUUUAAAUGCAAAAUUCAAAAUAUUGUAUGGUUGAUGAAAGAUGUAUGAACGCUAACUCAGUGUCAGUGCAAUCUUCCCCAAACUGCUCAGUGACAGCAUAACUGUGAAAAUCCACUGUCUCUUUCGUCCAUUCUGCUGUGCAGGUAGACUGACUAGAGGAGUAAUGCACAGGCAAUUUACAUCACAUGUAAAUCUCCAAAAACCCAGCAGGUUGAUGAGCAUCGAUAGGUUCUCUAAAAUGUUUAUCCCAGUUCAUUCCAGAUAGGCCAGGUUGCUGUUUUGUUUUCAGCACCAUAAAGGGAUAAGUAUGUUCUUAUAAAAGCUACAGUAAUCCACACUUCACUUCGAUUAUUAUGAUAGUUUCACUUCUCUCUUUUAUUUUUGAAUGUCUUCAGGCAAGUCAGUUGCUACCUCUGGAGCCACACUUCUCCUUUUAGCUGCAAUAGCAGACCAUCCCCCAGACUGUAAGUACAACCGGAGAUUAAUUUACAAGGGAUUUGCUAGUCCUCAAGUCUGUGGUUAUCCUAGUCUCCCUUAGUGAGCAUCCUCUUUUCCACGCGAUGUGAAGUGGUUUUAUAUUUCAAUGCUCACUGCAGGCAUGAUUUCAAGGAAUUCACUCUGGGGAUUUCUGACAGCAUGAUGUCCAAAUUACCUUAUGACAUGGAAGCGGGUCAUUUCAGAUGAUGCGAUUAUACUAGCUUAAAGGACUCGCCUUCUCAUUCCCAAUCUAAUUUUUCCUGCAAGCCAUGCUCUCUGCCUACUCACCAGUUCCCCUCAGAUUCUAGCAUGCAUCCACAUGCUUGGUGCUUGUUGCAGUGGCCAGUCAACCCAGCAGCCCACAACCCUUUGGGAUGUGGGAGAAAAUCAGAGCACUCGGAGGAAACUCACGUUGUUACAGGAAACUGGAAUCAAAAGCAAAUGACAGUGAAGCAGUCAUCCAUUUAAAAUUUGUGCCAUGAUUUUAUUUCCAUAUACUUCAGUCACAAAUGAGGUGAAGUUGCCAAUAUCUGUCCACCAUUAUAUAACAGGGGACAAUAUUAUGCCCUCUCUUGUCUUUCUGCAGCUGAUUUUUAUAACCUUAAUGUCAUUGUUAUCAGACAGAUUGAAGGAAAAGUACACAAUCUCCCAAACCCUUGAUUACAAAGGACACAUCAGUUUAAUGGUGGGUCCUGUAACAUGUUGAGUUGAAAUUUAACCUGCCUUUGUGAAAUGCUGUCUUUCCAAAUCUGGUGUCAACCUGUCAGGUCAUCCAGGAACCAAAGAUCGAUGAGUCGAGUCUGUUUGUCAAUAACCAAUAUAGUCUGUGACUACAAGCUACCGGAAUUACUGUUGCCCUGUUGCAGCAGCUUAUCAGAAGAUCAGUUGAAUGAUAAAGGUCAAGCAGCUCCAGCUGUUCUAGAAGAUAAAAUUAAUUCAUGAUUGGAUGAGUUAUAAUCCACAGUCAGACACAGAAGAAAUACCAUCACUUUGAAAUCAAUUGAAAUGAAAAUUGGGUGGGAUGUUGAAGGGAUGGGCUUAGCACUGAGGAUUGUAUAGUCAUGUCCUACAAGAGUAUGUAGCAAAGCCUAGAAAAUGCAAAUUACUUGGUCUAUAUUUGGCCAAUAUUGAUAUAAUGGGCCAAAUGAUCUUGGUAAGUAGCAUACAUUUGUAUGAUUUGGUGAGUGGUUAGACAUCCAAAGUUGCCCAUUUCAUGCCUCUGUCCAUCUCCAUUUGAACUUUUUGUGCAUCAUAUUUAGGAGUUAUGGUAUUAAGUCUGUGGAAAGAAUUGAGCUAGGUCUCAGCUACCUUGAAUAAGGGCAGCAGUAAGCAGGUCUGGGAAAUUUACUCUGGCACCUUGGAGCAGGACAAGGGGUUAAAAGGUCAGUCACAAUUCCAAGUAACCACAGUCACGUGGAUAUCUAACAACAUCAACAUUGGGAUUAACUAGGAUCCAGUGCAAGAUCAACUUUCUUGUUGAGGUUCAUAGCAAGGCUUGCACCAUAUGCCACAGUGUGAUGCUGCCAUAGUAUUCCUUCGGAAUGACUCUUCCAAUUUAGAUGACCCCUGCUACUUUCGGCAGGUGGCAGUGUGUGAAAUGAUUACCAGAUUGGCAGCCCCUUACCAGCUAAAUGCAACUGAAGGAAUGAGUAAAUUUUCGUAAUUUGUGCUUUCGCAACACUAGGUGCUGGAAAAAAACGGGAGUAUUCUUCAAAUUUAGAACAUCACUGCAAUGGACCAUAAUUCAUCUACCAACACCCUCACAGCCCUAUGAAUUGAUAUUAAGAAAGAGGAUGAGAGGAGACUGCUUUCACAAUGGAAGAGCGUAAUACUUCAACCAAACUAGUCCUGGAAAUCAAACCUGGAAGUUUUCUCUAAGGAGUUGAUUCAUGUGUGCUGCCUCUUUGAGAGAUGGGAGAGCACAAUAUGUAAAUGAAAAUGGAGCCAUUGUGUCAACCAUAGAUAUAGCUCAAAAGACUUGCAAAACAGGAAACCGAUGAUAUUCUAAGAAGCUAGAGAAAAUCAGUGAAGUCCAGUACAUCUCAAAUGUGUAAAUGAUGCCAUGAUUAUUGCACAAAGCACUAUAACUAAUCGUUUUCUUUUUAAGGAUGAAAUCACUUGGUGCCUGCCAAGAUCAUUGAUGCUGUAUAGAAGGAUCUGUUUGCAAUUGACAACUACUGAUGCUGGCAUGCCAAGCUACAAAAUGAUUAAAGAGUCCUUUUAUCUUUGUGUAAAAAAAAACAGAAUAUAUAUUGCAGAUUUUUUACUGGUAUAAACAACCUGGGGUAUCUUGUAAUUUUUAUAAAUUCUCCUCAUCAAAUUAAAUUGAUUCAAUUACAUCCAUUAUUUUAGUAAGAACUGAUUCCUUCCUUGUCACUUUCUCAUUGCCCUCCCUUCCUUCUGUGUUCUACCCUGUUUUGACCUUCUUUUUUCACACUCCAUUCAUUCCUGUCUUCCUCUAAUAGCCUCCUCCUUAUUCAUUCGCAAGGUAUGGGCAAUGCCAGUAUUUUUGGCCUUUCCAAUUUCACUUAAGGUUAUUGGUGAUUAACGAUUUUCUUGAAGCAUUGCUGUUUUUCUUCCUUCUAUCUCCUCUAUCUCUUUCAUUGCUUUCUGUUUUGCCUUUCCACCAUCUUCAUUUUUUGCAUCUCUCUGUCCUUUUAGUCUCUCCCAAUUCCUUACCUUCCUCUUCCCAUUCUCUCCCUGCUUCAGCCUGUUUCUUUUCACUUUACUAUCUGUUCACCUAUUCCAUUUCCCUUCCUUGCCUUCAUCCUUCUCCUCGCCCAUUUCCAGGACAUCUUUUGGUUCUGUGCUGAGUAGACAAAGAUUUCAAUGAUUUGUUAGGCUCUUUUCCCUGCAUUUCAAUCCAGUGCAAAUGUGCAGCUCACAAACCUACCUACAGAUGAAGCAAAUUAUCUGGGACUCAGGCUAUGAUUUAUAAGCUCAAUUUUAUAAGAUGCUUUCUUUUUUUAACUCAAAUAUUGUGUGUAAAUUUGAAGAUGCCAAUUAGGUAUCAAGCCUCAAAUAAAAACAAAAGCUCUGUUAAUUGUGGCCUGGUUUUAAAUGACACUUGUCUUGACACAGCACAUAAAAUCCUGUGAAAGAGGCCCUCAUGAAACAAUGUGCACAUUCAGCAGAGUUAAGUUCAUUUUUCCCCAAUCUGAUUUACUGACCAUUGUCUAUUUUUAUAUAUAGUUUGGAGGAUUUGGGAAAUAUUGUUAAUCAUACUCAUUCCCAAAUUAAAACUUAAUUAUCUUUCAAAGUAAACAUUCCCAUUCAUUAAUUUGCUUUCUUAGUAAAAUAUAGUACAGAAACAGCCCCUUUGGCCCAUCUAGUCUAUGCCAAACCAUUUAAGCCGCCUACUCCCAUCAACCUGCAACAGGAUCAUAGCUCUCCAUACCCCUACCAUUCAUGUACCUAUCCAAACUUUUCAAAUGUUGAAAUCGAGCUUGUAUGCACCACUUGUGCUGGCCACUCG